UAGUUUCCCAACCCUCUCUUGUCUUCAAAGAGUUCAGCGGGAGUGAGAGGAAGCAACAACGAGAAGAGCGAAGGAUUUAGCGCGAACCAGAGGUCGGGGUUCGAUAUCGAGCGCGUCGCGUCGGAUCUGAGCCAUAGAUCCCUCUCGUUAUCGACGGUCUCCGAUCACCGUCGCGGGAUCCUAGCAUCCGAUUUUAGGCGCUUUCCAAUUCGAAUAGGAUCAGAUGGCUUCCCCAAUGUAAGGGGGAGCAUUCCAUUCUUCUUCAACUUCAUCUCCGUUUGCCCUCAAUCUUGCGUGUUGAGGGUGCGGUCCAAUUCCCAGCCUUUUGCUACAUGGUCAUUUGCUCACUGCAUCUUCCUUUCUCCUUGACCGCGUCAUCCUCUGUGUUUGGCGUGCGCUCUAGAGAGAAGAAGAAGAAAAGGGUCACUCCUUUGUUCCAUGUCUCCUAACCUAGACAGCCCUGUUCAGACUCAAAUGACAGUUGCAGUCUUAAACCGAGCUCUCAGUGGUGAGUACCAUGGUUUGAAGAAAUCUGAAGUAAAGCCUACUGGUAGGAGGCGAGUUUUUGUCCAAACUGAUACCGGCUGUGUCUUGGGUCUUGAAUUGGAUCGCAGUGACAAUGCGCAUACUGUAAAAAGGAAGCUCCAGCUAGCCCUCAAUGUUCCUACUGAGGAGAGCUCGCUCACCUUUGGUGAUCUCGUGCUUAAGGAUGAUCUCAGAGCUGUAAGAAAUGAUUCACCUUUACUUCUUACUAGGAAUUUACUUCACAGGAGUUCCUCAACUCCUUGUCUCUCUCCCACUGCAAAAGAUCUGCAGCAACGAGACAGCAGUGGCGUGAUUGAAUUCUUGGGUUGCUUUAGCCGCUGUGCUCAAACUAAGCAACUAGUUAAGGAUGCUGUUAAGGCUAUCAAAAAGGGUGUAGACCCUAUACCAGUUCACAGUGGUCUUGGGGGUGCAUACUACUUCAGGAACAAGAGGGGCGAGAGUGUCGCUAUUGUCAAGCCGACAGAUGAGGAGCCAUUUGCCCCAAAUAAUCCAAAGGGUUUUAUCGGGAAAGCUCUUGGCCAACCGGGCUUGAAAAGGUCUGUGAGAGUCGGAGAGACCGGUUUUAGAGAAGUAGCGGCAUAUCUUUUGGAUUAUGAUAACUUUGCCAAUGUGCCUCCUACUGUUCUUGUGAAGAUAACACAUUCUGUUUUCAAUGUCAAUGACGGGGUGAAUUGUAGCAAUAGCAAGGCUCAUCAAAGGAAGCCACAGCCUAUUAGCAAGAUUGCUUCAUUCCAGCAGUUCAUCCCUCAUGAUUUUGAUGCUAGUGACCAUGGUACCUCCAGCUUUCCUGUGGCUGCUGUGCACAGAAUUGGGAUGCUUGAUGUUAGAAUCUUCAACACAGAUAGGCAUGCCGGAAACUUACUGGUAAGGAAACUUGAAGCUGGGGUCGGUAGAUUUGGUAGUCAGAUUGAACUCAUCCCAAUUGAUCAUGGUCUGUGCCUCCCCGAGAGCUUAGAGGAUCCUUAUUUCGAGUGGAUUCACUGGCCACAAGCAUCAAUUCCAUUCUCUGAGGAUGAGCUUGAGUACAUUGCUAAUCUCAAUCCAGUCAAAGAUUCUGAAAUGCUUCGGAUGGAACUGCCAAUGAUCCGUGAGGCUUGUCUUCGUGUUCUGGUCCUUUGCACAAUUUUUCUCAAGGAAGCAGCAGCUUUUGGGCUUUGCUUGGCUGAGAUUGGGGAAAUGAUGAGCAGAGAGUUUACAGGAAGAGAAGAAGAGCCGAGCGAGCUGGAGGUUGUUUGCCUCGAAGCGAGGAGGUUGGUAGCAGAAAGAGAAGUUUUCUCUCCUCGGACUGAACUUGGUGGCGAAGAUGACACCCAAUUCGUCAUUGAUUGUGAGGAGACUGAGCCUGUGAUGCCUAGAACACCUCCAUGGAGUUCUAGAAACCCAUUUUCAAGGUUAGCAAGCUUGGAGGAGGAGGAGGAAGAAGAAGACGGUGACAGUGAAGAAAACAGUACAGAAAAACCACCUCUGUUUCCUACUGUUCCAAAGCGAUCCAUGUCGCUGAAGGGUAUCAGUCUCAAUGAGAAAUCCCAGUGCAAUGUAGGCAAGAGCAAUAACAAUAGUGGUGGCAACCAGAGUGGAAACAGGAGGAGUGCAAAUGAGCAGCUACCUGUGAGUGCAAGUUUUGUGAAGCUGGCGGAUAUGAAUGAAGAAGAAUGGGGCUUAUUCCUCGAGAAGUUCCAGGUGCUGCUGCUUGGGGCUUUUCGUGAGCGCAAGUGUGGGCUCAAUGGCCAGAAGCAGCGGCAGAGGCUGGGUACUUCUUGCCAGUUUUGAGUAGGGUAGAGAAGAGUAAGAGAGAGGGGAACGGAGAUAGAAGGAGAAGUAUUGAGGAUGGUCUGUGUUCGUUAUGUUUGCUGUUUGUUGUUUGUUGUGCUCUUGGAGUGACGGUGUAGGUGUAAGGAAUGCAAAGAGUGGGAGUUCGAGAAUAAGACCGAGAGCUGAGGAAGUGAUCUCGCUGCUUCUGUAUAUAUUUCUAGAUGCAAGUUGGUAUCGUGAUUACGUUUAAUGAAGGUGAGUGUGAUGGCUUGCCUUUUUUUAAUUUUUAAUUUUUUUCUUAAUAUAAAAUAUUAUGAAGAACAUAUGUUACUUAUUAUGAAUGAAAAGCUGAGGUAUGUAUGAUGCUAGUAUGUUACUGUA